AUGCAUAUUGUUGAUUUGUAUGUGCAAAAUGAUGCUUAUGUUGUCGAGAAAAUAGCUGGUGUGAGAGAUCUUUUGUUUAAACUUUAUGGGUUGUACGAGGUAGGUUUCGUUAGUAAUCCAACUCAAAGUCUUAGUUUUUCUACUACAUCCUCAAGUAUUGGCAGCAGCAUAGUGACUGAUAGUUCUAACUCCUCAGGCUUUGGAGGUGAUAGAAAAAAGGCUAUGAAGGAAAAGUAG